AUGAGGAGUCCUUUGGCUCUGCUGCAGCUGAGCUGCGCCCUGCUUUUCUUGUUCUCCACAACGCAUGCUGAUGCCACCAUCGACGACUCAACGGACGCCUUCAUAACCUUCGGACAGCCCGCUAUGAACAAGACGUCGCCGUAUCCGUAUCAUGACUCAAUUUCGACUUGGUACGCGUCUUUCCUCAAAGUCGCCCUACAGCGCAAAGCAUUCCCCGUGGACGAGUACGCAGAACCAGACGACUUUGCUCCCGUAUUUGAGCUGCUGCAGGCUGCCUAUCCAGGCCAGACUGUCGAUGAUCUCGCUGAGGAUGCAUGGGCCGAGCCCCUUGUCUUCAAAGGCAACGAGCUGAUCAAGAUUGCAGACGAUCUGCGCUCUAAUUCUUCGACGCAAGAAGCCAUCGCUUUUUACAUGAGGGCCGCCAAUGUCUUCCGACUCGCUUACUUUCCUUGGGUUCAUGAGAGGACAAGCGAGUCCAAAGUCAAGCUCUACGCAUGGAAGAUGGACAAGAGAGCCUUUUGGCGUGCGAUUCGCUUAAUGGACAUCUUCGACUUUUCGAAAGCGACCGCUUCUCUCGCGGGCGACGAAGAUCUAGACAUUCCGCUUCGCGUGUUCCGAGCAAAAGGCGCAGAAGGACCGCAGUCCACCAUCGUCAUCAUCACUGGUCUUGACCACUAUCACACCUAUCUGCUGAGUCAACUCUCGGCCUUGGCCUCGUACGGCUUCACCGUGGUCGUCGUCCCAAUGCCUGGCACGGCCGAUUCGCCCAUCACCGGUAGCGACAAAUUGGCCGGCAAGGACUACUGGACCAGCAUCGUCGACUGGCUUUCCUACAACCCCGAGCUCUUCAAGCCAAAAUGCGUCAGCUUCUGGGGCCUGUCGAUGGGCUCGUAUUGGGCUGUGCGAGUCUCGCGAGUCGAGAAGGAUCGCGUCAAAAGGGUAGUGAGCCAGGGAACCGCAAGCCACUAUGCGUUUACCAGAACCUGGCUAGAGGCGGCAGAGAAGCUCGCUUAUCCAUUCAGCCUGCAACGAGCUCUAGGUCGAGCUUUCGGCUACGCCGACGCGGAAUCGUUCAAGAAAGACGUCGAGAAGUUCUCACUACUUCGUCAGGGCAUUCUUGAUGAAGACGCGACGCAGCUGAUCGCAGUCAACGGCGAGCAGGACACCAUCUUCCCCAUCGACGACCAGCGCAUCCUUGCCGAACACGGCCCUGGAGCACUCCUCCGAUGGUUCCCGCACAUGGGACACGAAGGCGAGCCUGUCAGCAGCGCUUGGCUCUUCCAAUUUUGGCGCCAGAACGCCUUCUGCUGA